AUGGCGGACUCACCGUUCUUCUGGAAAGACCGCCAUAUUAAAUACUUUCUGCGCUGUCUCAAGACCUUCCUCCCACACCAGUAUACCCCCAAUGAUGCCAACCGCAUGACGCUGGCUUUCUUCGUUGUCGCCGGCCUGGACUUGCUUGGCUACCUUCACACUGGCCUUUCCGCGUCUGAAAGACAAGGUUACAUAGAUUGGGUCUAUCAUUGCCAGGUGCACUCGGGCGGAUUCAGAGGCUUCACGGGAACCAAUUUUGGGGAUGCCAAAAGAACAAGCAAUAAUGAAUGUUGGGAUCCGGCUAACUUACCGGCGACUUUCUUUGCUCUGGUCACGCUACUGAUCCUGGGCGAUGAUUUGGCACGCGUGAAGAGAGAAGACUGCUUGAACUGGCUUCAGACAAUGCAGCGGGCCGACGGGAGCUUUGGCGAAGUCCUAGGGCCAAACGGAGAGAUCGCAGGUGGUAGAGAUCUACGGUUUUGCUGCUGCGCGGCUGGGAUCAGAUAUAUUCUGCGAGGAAGGAACCCAAACCUUUUGGCAGUCGAUGAUAUUGAUUCUUGGAAGUUGAGGUCAUUUGUUUGUGCAUCUCAGACGUACGACGGUGGAUUUGCGCAGGCGCCAGGGCUAGAAUCUCAUGCUGGACUAACGUACUGUGGGCUUGGUGCAUUACACUUUCUUGACCACCCUGAAGAAAAUCUAGAUAAUAGAUGUUACACUUCCUCAAGGGUAAUAGAUGCAGGUGAGCUGGGUGACGAAAAAUUUGAGUCACUUGUGCGAUGGCUGGUAUUUCGCCAAACCAAUCUCUUAUACGAUGAUAACGAAACAGAUGAUGAUGACCAUGUUGACGAUGUGAAGCAGCCUGUGAAGUCAUUUUCGCCCGACGAGUCAACAGACGAGCAAAUACAUCUUUUGCCCUUUCUCCCAGAAGCUUCUCAAUGGCCGAUAGAGCAACAAAGCUGCGCAGGCUUCAAUGGGCGAACUAACAAAAUCUCAGACACCUGCUACUGUUUCUGGGUUACUGGGUCGCUGGCGUUGUUACACCGCGUAAACGUGAUAGACGCCGAAGCAUGCAAAAAAUAUCUCCUGGAGAAAACGCAGCAUUUGGUCGGCGGUUUUGGAAAAGGCGUCGGCGAGUUACCUGAUGUCCUGCAUUCGUAUCUCGGGUUAGCGAGCUUAUCGUUGUUGGGUGAGCCAGAAAUCGAUCGAAUUGAUCCGGCUUUUUGUACCAGUAAACGUGCGCGACAGCAUCUCGAAUCGUUACCGUGGUGGAAGGGCCAGUAA